AUGGUGAUUAAGGUUAUGGAUACAUCUCGCUUGAUGACACACACCCAAUCAAUCGAAGAGCAAAAGGCAAGGAUCAGUGAUGUUGACUUUCUCAUUCUAGAUCCGGUGGACAUGAUCGUCAUCGAUUCCAACAAAAGUUUUUUUUUCAAGGUUCUUCCAAUGCUAUAUCCCAUAAGUUCAACAAGAAUAGGGUGUCAAACCCCUACGCCUCAAGAAAGUGGCGGUAAUGGAUCUUCUACUCUUGCUUUACAAAGGUGUGGCAAGAGUCACUCGGGGAAGUAUUUAGCCGAUAUAGAUGAUUGCUUUAGUUAUGGAAAUAGUGGUCACACGAUGAGAGAUUGUCCGGCGUUUGCUACUAAGGAAAGGGAUAGUAGGAAAGCUCAGCCUAAUGGUUCCGAUUUGGGUGCUCCUCGUCAGAAUAUGUUCUAUGCUUUUCACACUCGACAGGAUCAUGAAGGUUCUCUGGAUGUUGUGACUGAUAUGUUGGAAGUCUUUCAUUUUGAUGUGUAUGCUUUGCUUGAUCUGGGUGUUACAUUGUCAUUUGUUACUCCUUAUGUGGCCAUGAGAUUUGAUAUUGGUCUUGAAAUUCUUUCUAAUUCCUUUUCUAUCUAUAUUCUGUAG